GGAUGCGACUGGGUAACCAGUGCAUCUAGCGUUCAUAUCCGUGUCAUCCUUUCAUUAAUAGGGGCUAUCCUUAGCUAACGAGCCGCCUAGCAGGUUUACUGAAACUUCUUUGUGUCGACGUCCCCAUGGACGUAUCUGGAGUGUAGUUUAGUGCCUAGAAUACCGUAGUCUGCAGCCUUUUAGCGUACUUGGUUCCAAAGAAGUUCACCUUCACCUACAAGCUCCACUAUCUGCUUUUAGGCUGGGACGCGCCUGUCUUCAUGCCUUAUGAGGGAUAGGAUGUCCGUUUGGAGACGUCCAUAGAGCUUGCCUCGCACCAACGCGUGCGAGGUAGGUAUCUUGCCUUUCCAAGAAGUGACCGGGGCGAGCAGCGGCGGAUUCAUGGCAACCCAGGAGGCUUCUGGCCCCGAGGAUGGCGGCGAGUCCUCGUCAACGGGGAACUCAGCCAAUAUGCACUUCUUCCGACCAAACGACGGAAUAUAUGUAUCGGAAGGUUCUGAGUCUAGGACGAUAUGUGUCUCACCACAUCUACCGCCAGCUAUGGUCCGCACUGGGGAUUGGAAUGUCGACCAGUUCGAACUGCAUAAGGAACUGUACCGGGGAAAGACGUCCCUUCUGUACAUGGCGACGGACCGAAUCAGUGGACUUCAGGUUGCGCUAAAACUCUACCGGAAGCGCAAGCUGAGCGUGCUCAACAAGUACCAAGUGGAACGGGAGGUCCGCUUGCACAUAAACCUGCACCACGAGAACAUCAUUCACCUCUUCGCAGCCUUCGAGGAUGAUAAGCAUGUAUACAUGGUGCAGGAGUUUGCCGUGUGCGGGGAUCUUUUCGAGGACCUGAAGAAGGGGGGCGGGCAGCUAAAGGAGAAGUACGCCGUACGCGACGUCAUCGUACCCUUCCUUUCAGCGCUCGCCUACCUCCACAGCCAGGGCAUCAUCCACCGCGACAUCAAGCCGGAGAACAUCCUGCUGGGCGCCAACAAGGUGGUCAAGGUGGCGGAUUUUGGCCUGUCCAUCAACAUCAACCACGAACGCCCGGUCACACGCGCAGGAACGCUGGACUACAUGGCGCCCGAGGUGCUGGUGUGCCCCGACAAGCGGCGACCCGAGGAGAACAAGGACAAGGUGCUGCUCGGCUACACCGCGCAGGUCGACUCCUGGGCGGUGGGCAUCCUGGCAUACGAGCUGCUGGUGGGCUACCCGCCCUUUGAGCAGGAGAGCCGCGCCGCCACGUACGAACACAUCAUGUACAAGGAGCCGAAGUUCCCCAACUGGAUGUCGGAGGACGCCAAGAAGUUCAUUGCGCUGGCGCUAUGCAAGAACGCCUCCCAGCGCCCCACGGUGCUAGACCUCAUGCAGCACGCCUGGGUGCAGCCGUACAUGGUACGACACGCAGGGGGCGGCAGCGCGGCCGCCGCUGGCAGCCCGGGGCCCUCGCGGUUGCGCAACAGCGUCACCCACGCGAGUGACGACCCACAUCACCACCACCGGGACCCGCGGGCGCCUUCGCCGCAGCCGCCGCCGCCACAGCAGCAGCAACAGCAGCAGCCGGCGGUGCGCGGCCUCACCAAUGUCGGCUCGGCGGCGGCGGUGGCGCCCUCGCCGCAGCCGCCGCUGCCGCUGCCGGUGACGGCGACGCCUCCGGCGACACCAGCCACCGGGGUUACCUCGUCCAUAACGGGCUUGCUACCCAUGCCGCCGCUACACCACCAUCACCAACAGCAGCCGCACCAUCCACAGCAGCAUGGACAGCAGCAGCAGCAGCAGCAGCACCAUCAACAACACUCCUCGCAGGGGCAGCAGCAACACGUGCCCCAGCCGCCUCCCCAGCCGCCACCCCACGCACAGCAACCGCAACAGCAGCCCUCCACAUCCUCAACAGGGAUUUCCCCAAACGGGCAGGGGCUGAACGCCACUCCGCCCCCCAGUCGAACCGCCACACCGAGCCAGCAUCCCGCUCCCCCAGCCGCGAGUGGUCUUGGGGCAGGAGGAGGCGGAGGGGCAACAGCCGCGGUUGCGACGGGGGGAGGCUUGCCGCACCACCACCCGUUGGAAACAGCAGCCACCCGGCACCCGCACCCCGCCGCCACCUCCGCUACGCCGCACCGUUCGCAGCUGCAGCAACAGCAACAACAGCUGUUGGGGGUUGGGGGCGGUGGGCAUGGGCCCACGCUCAAGACCAGCAUCAGCCUGCAGCCUGCAGCUCCGCCGGACACGUUGAUCACGGGCAACGAGGGCGGCAGGUUGUAUGACUUCAUAUCAGAACCCCCCAUCCGCUCGUUUGAGGCGGCAGCAGCGUACAGCCCGCACCCGCCAGGGGCGGUAUCGGCUGCGUCGCUGGUGCAGGCCAGUCGCAGCGUUGGAGGGGGUGGUGGCACGAGUGUAGGGGGAGGGGAGUUGGAGCGCACGGCAAGCAGCAGCCCGAAUGUGAGCGCUGGCGGAGGGGUGCCACGGACGGCGCCGCAGAUGCCGGCCGGCCCCUCCUCGGGUAACAUGAACCCUCGGUUGCACCACGGCCACACCUUCGCCUCCGGCCACCCCUCAACCCGCCCCACGCCACCACCUCUCCCUUUGCCACUUCCCUUACCCCUUGACUCGACACCCGCUACAGACGCAACACCCGCUACCUCUGGAGGCGGGGCCGGCGGUGGGGCCGACUCCGCCUCGCACUCGCUUGGCGGGGGGGCCGGCCCGCUCUGCAGCGAGCCCAUCUCCAUGUCGCCCUCAGGAGCCCUCCAGCGGGGCUCCUCCGCGCUCUCUGCGCGAUCCCUGAACCAGCCGUUGCCACAGCCGCCUGUGCCCACUGCGGGGCUGCUGUCAGACCGCGGCCCGCAGGGCUCGGGGCAGCUGCAGCCGCCGCGGUUGCGCAUGGCCAGCUGUAUCCCCCCCGUGAAUGUGAACUUUGUCGGGUCGGGGCCGGGCGGGCAGAGCACGGCGCGCAUGCCCGCGCCGCCGCUCAGCCCCAAGCCGCACCUCGGGGACCUGGCGCCCGGGUUCACCCGGCCGGCUAGCGGGGUGCUGUCGGAUGACACGAUCCUGCCGCCGGCACGAUCAACGUCACUGUCGGUGGGCGGAAAUCACCUGAUCCCGCUGCAGGCCACCUGGCUUGCCCCUCGGCCCAGCAGCCGUCUCAACAGCCCAAGCCACAGCCGCCGCAACAGCAUCAGCCAGGCGGGCGCUGCCGCGGCCCAGCUGCAGCAGCAGCAGCAGCAAAUCAUGCAGGGGCUGCUGCUGCAGCAAAACACCUCCACACCCCUACCCCAGCUCCUCAGCGCAGACUAUGGCGAGAUGUCGCCCGACGAGCGCCCCGCCACCAGCUUCAAGUACCUCAGCCCCAGCGGAGCUGGCGGCGGCGGCGGCGCGAAGAGUUUUGGCAAGCUCUGGGGAAGCGGCAUGGCCAAUGGCAGCGGCAACGGUUUGGAUCCCCAAAGCGAGGGCGGUCGCAGUGAGGUCAGCAGCAGCGGAGCGGCCCCAUGCUCCGCCCGGGGUGCCGGCCCCUCCUCUCCAAUGGUACGCAGCAUGGGCGGCGGCACGGUCAGCUGCGGAGGCGGCUUGGCGGCAGCGGCAGCGGUGGUGCCGCGUGUGCGCAUGCUGACGCCACAGGACGAUGUACGGCCGCUCAUGCGUGAGAGUUCGCUGUCGUCGACUCACCUCCGAAACGGCGGCGGCGUGGCCUCCCUGCGUGACGAGCUGGGGCAGCAGUCCAUGACGGUAUACCACCGACCAGGAAAGGUACCGGGAGUAGGCCGAGCAGCACUUGCAGCGCGGGAGGCGGAGGCGGCGGAUGUGGGCAGAGACAACAGCGGAGCCGCGCUGGCUAAGACCAAGAGCAUGGUUGUCAACCGCAACAACUUUACUUGUGCGGCUGGAGACGAGGCUGGACCUAUGGGUCGUUUGGUGACGCCGGAUCCGGGAAUGGCCAGGGCAGCUGCAGCUGCUGCAGCAGCUGCUGCCGCUGCUGCGAACGGGUCGAAUGGCGGCGGUGGCGGCAGCGCAGGCGGCGCGAUUCCGGCUGUGAUGAUGCCAGCAGCGCCGCCUUCUGCCGUGGCGACGCAGCGCUCGUUCACCACUGCGAACUCUGCGUUUGCUAGGAAGUUGGCGAAUGGCGCUAUAGCCACCAAGGUCACGGAGUAUGUGAAGGGAAGGAUGCCAGUCGAAUCUGAGGAGGCAGAGGGGUGAUGCUUCCAGUAGAAUCCUCUGCGUUGCGGCUGCUACUCUGCCCUCUGCUAGAUGACUGGUAGCUGCCUUUGCCCGCGGAGAGGCGCGCAGGGCUUUGCAUGAGGCAAGGCAUGCAGGGGGGGCCGCGGGCUGGGGAAUACGGCAUGUAGCGAUGUGGAUCCAAGAGAGUGGUGGAGCGGGGGUGUCUGGGGCGAGGAUGAGCGAGUGCGGGUGGAGUGAAGGUGCGGGUUUGAAGGCUGGGGCGCGCAGGUGAGAUGGGCGACGGGGGCGAGAGUGAAGUGGGGGGCGAUGCGCAUGCCAUGUUUUUGCUGUGAUGUGCAAAGAGCAUGCAAGGCACAGCGCUGAUGCAGAAGUGGCGGGAUUUGGUGCGGCGGACGAUUGGGCGGCUGCUUUCGGUUUCGUGACCUCACCACGCAAAGAGUCUGCUUGUCUGAAUGGUGAUGUUGAUAUUACCUUUGUAUCUGCGGGUUGACACAUUGUGUUGUUGGUUACCGUUACCGUUAUGAGCAGCUGCAUUGCUUGAUGAUGCUUGAGCUUUUUGUGUCCUGGUGAUUCAGGAAUGGUGCUUCUCGCGUGCGUCUCUCAAGUACGGUAUGCGGGCUUGGGUGGGCCGGGUCAUGCGCUUUGUGUUUUCGGCCCUUCAUCACGCUAAGUGCACGUUAGGAAGAACGAAGAUGACUUAUUGCUGGUGAUUUUUGCUUAGUUAUUGAUGUAGAUCGCAGCUUUCGCAGGCAUUUAGUGGUUGAGCUUUUGGCGUUGGCUAGCUCUACUCUAGGAGAGCAGCAGCAGUAGCAGCAGGGUAUGUCGCUAUUUUGCUUCAUUUUGGGGGCGAUCGCAGCAUUUAUGGCGGAGGCGGCCUUUUCACCUGUAGCUGACACUCUUUGUGUAACGCAGACGAGAGUGUGCGCGCUUACAGUGCUGUUACACUUUUAUGUUUUGUGUCAUGGUAUGCGGAGUUGCCAACUCUGUAGCUUGACUCGCAUAGGUGUGUGUGUUGUUUGUCCAAGUAGCUCUAGAAGUGUUUCUGUGUGUUUGCGGCCGCACGCAUGGGCUGAGCGUGAAGUGCUAGUGCAUGCUGUGCCCUUGCCUCGCCCUUGCUAUAAAGAGAACUCCUUUGCAUGCGAUGACGGGUGUUGACGCAGUACGGACCGUUGACAUGGGAACCAGAAACAGGAACAAGCCUGUUGACAACCAAACGAAGUAUGCCAAACGGAACAUGACACGGCGAGUCGUGUGUUGAGUCGGCUAUCGCUGCGCUAACGUGUGUAUAGCCGUUGCGUCAUCAAACCGCGGGUGACACGGGUCGGUCGGCCCCCAGCUGAUAGGGGGAACCGCCCCGCCCUGCCCAAGGCUUUGUUGACCAACACUAAUAAGUCCCAAACGUGAUUGCACUUGUUGAUUUUACCUUGUACGGGCUAGGGCCCGUGCAUGGAGGAGUUGUUUGAGGUCUGGGUGGGCAGUGUUACAGAUGGCAAAGUGGAGUUGGGAAUGUGCAGGGGCUUGGGCGGAAGCUCUUUUACAUGGCUCACCGCAUGCAUUAUACUAAGCCAUAGAGGGGUGCCGGUGUGCCGUUGUCGCUUUCUUCGGGUUUUCUCGCCGUUGGCGGCUUGAAGACACCGAAAAACCCUUUCGACCGCAGGCUUUGCCGUUAGGCAGGGGACUGGCUUGGAGGAGCAAUACGGCGGAGGACCUUUGGAGGGUGGUGGGUCUAGCAGCGGUAGCAGGUGUUGAUAGCGGUCCUGGGUGGACUUGUUUUGUAGAGGAUAUGCUGAAUAUGAAGGCGGAUUAAGGAUGACCCGUUUACGCUUGUGUAUUGAUGUCUCCUUGUGGCGGGUUUGUUCCUUUGGUAUGGUUGGUUGCGGUUGCUGGAGGUGUGUUUUGGUGUGUGGUGUGGUAUGCAUGCAUGUAUGAUAUGUACCGAGCAUAGUCGUUGGGAGGCUCUGCUGCCCUAUGUGUCCUGGUGUUUCGACACUCCCAAUUGCAAAGUUAGAGACUGCCUUGCCGUCUAUUCUUUUCUGCCGAUGAUUAUUCGCUCUGUAGCUUGUGUUUGCUUGAAAUGUGUCGACAGCAGGCGUCGUGGAGGCGAUUUGCUCUGAUCACCCUCCCAUCUUGCAAUAAUUUUUGUGGUUGGGUUGGGUUGGUUGAUUUAGGCGGUUGUACGUAAGGCUAGCUGUAAAGUAGGAUGCAGAACCCUUCUGAACCACUUCCCAACUG